UCCGCGAUAAAAUUUUGGGCGGGACGCUUACCGCCUUAACGACGCUAGUCUCUUAUAGGCAGCGUUUGGAGUGUUUCAUUGGCGAUACAGGUUGUUACAGGCGGAAUGCCACCAAAUCAGAAGGCCCCACUGUAUGCUUUAUGUACGGAAGCUCCUAAAAGGCUUCCAAACCAUCUUGAUGAUCGGCAUCUGAACUUCGACUGAAGAGGAAGCAGCAGGACCAAUUGACCUUCCUCAACGGACUAACUUUGUUGUCUGGUCAGGUCCUUCACAUUUUCUCCCUGAGAUCCUCAUAAUCUUUCUUUUCCCCCAUGCAUCAAAUACUAUCCUUCAUCCCUAACGACCAAUCUCCCACCAAGUUGGGGGUUUCCGUCAUUCUUUGCGGGUUCUUCCUAUACACAUUUACCAAGAUGGUUUCCAGGAUAUUUCCCAGCUUGAAGGUGUUGGGUUUCGGAUCUCAACCAAACGAGUUCAUAGUGGAGGGCAGGACCGUGGUGAUUACGGGUGGUUCUGAGGGUAUGGGCAAGGCUGUCGCCUGCCAGCUUGCCGCAAAGGGUGCGAACGUUGUCCUCGUUGCACGAACAGUCAAGAAGCUUCAAGAUGCGCUUGAUAAUGUUAAGGCGUCGGCUGCGAAUUUGAACAGGCAAAGGUUCCAUUAUAUCAGUGCCGAUCUUACAAACGCCACGCAAUGCGAGCAGAUCAUUGAAGAGGUCACGGAGUGGAAUUGUGGUCUUCCUCCUGACGUCGUCUGGUGCUGCGCAGGUUACUGCAACCCUGGGUUUUUCGUCGACACUCCAGUCCAAACGCUUAGAGAUCAAAUGGACACGGUCUAUUGGACCGCGGCGAACACCGCCCAUGCGACCCUUAGAAAGUGGCUAGUACCUGUCCCUCCAAGCGAACAGACGACAAACCCGCGAAGACAUCUUAUCUUUACAUGUUCCACACUAGCUUUUGUACCGAUCGCCGGGUACGGGCCUUAUUCUCCUGCAAAGGCCGCAAUUCGUUCUUUAUCCGACACCCUCAAUCAAGAGAUUGAAAUGUAUAACGGCACUCGUCAAUCAAAAUCACAAAUCAAUGCUACUCCUGCCGACGUCAAGGUCCACACAGUUUUCCCGAUGGGAAUUCUUAGCCCUGGCUUUGACAACGAACAGAAGCUGAAACCUGAGUUGACAAAACAACUGGAGGCUGCCGACAAGCCACAGACUCCUGACGAGGUUGCGAGAAUAGCGAUUGCGGCACUGGAAAGAGGCGAAUACCUUAUCACAACUAUGUUUGUUGGUCAUGUAAUGAAGGGAAGCGCCAUGGGAGGCAGCCCAAGGAACUCUACUGUCCGCGAUACAUUGACCAGCUGGCUCAGUAGCUUGGCAUUCUUGCAAGUAGUUCCUGAUCUCCGAAAGCAGGCCUGGAACUGGGGUAUGAAGAACGGCAUUCCGUCGUCCCGGACGUCGGAGUAAAGCGCAAUGGUGUUGGGAAUUGGCAUGUUCUGUUGUCCGGUAUAUGGUUAGAUACCCAUGAAACAUCCUUAGGCAUCCUUAUUCGCUUAUCCUUAAAUCCGUACCUACUAUUGGUGUUCCUGUCUAUGAGUUGUCCUAUUAGGUGUUAUUGAGCCGUACCUACAUUAGACCCACGCUAAACACGUGCCAUACGAGUGUUUGAUGUCUUUUCCCUGGUAUGAAACCUUUGUCUAAAUGAUGCCCAGCAGGCUGGAUGAAAGUAAGAUUCAUAAUUCGUACAAGUAUAUGAAAUAUAUUAGUAUUACGUUCUCGCCUUUUUUCAAGGAUUUUAACCUUACUUUCUUUUGGUCCUCUCUUUAGGAGCUCUUUAGGAGACCAGGGGCUGGCACGUGGUAAGAAAUUAAUUAUGAAUGAAG